UUUCCCUAAUUUCCUUUCUGCCUGUUUAAAAUCGAGGGUGACCUCUGCUUAUGAGUCACGAGCGAUCUGUUGGUGGCAGGUUCCUGAGGACCUCACUCUCCACUCCUGUUUCAGGCAUGGGACGGUUCGUUCUGCUGGGGGCAGCUGCUGUCUUUCUGCUGGGAGGCUGGAUGGCUUUGGGGCAAGUGGGAACAGGAGAAGGCGUAAAGAUUCAGAUCAUCUACUUUAAUUUAGAAACGGUGCAGGUGACAUGGAAUGCCAGCCAUUACCCCAGGAGCAAUCUGACUUUCCACUACACAUUGAAUCCAGAUGAGGCCUAUGACCAGUGCACCAUCUACAUUCUCCAGGAAGGUCACAAUUCGGGGUGCCUCCUAGACGCAGAGCAGCAAGACGAUAUUCUCUAUUUCUCCAUCAGGAACGGGACGCACCCCGUUUUCACCGCCAGUCGCUGGAUCUAUUAUUACCUAAAGCCCGGUUCGCCGAAGCAGGUGAGCUUUUCGUGGCAUCAGGACGCGGUGACGGUGACGUGCUCUGACCUGUCCUACAGGGGUCUCCUCUAUGAGGUUCAGUACCGGAGCCCCUUCGACACGGAGUGGCAGUCCAAACAGGAAAAUACCUGCAAUGUCACCAUAGAAGAUUUGGAUGCUGAGAAGUGUUACGCUUUCCGGGCCCGGGUGAAGGCCAUGGAGGAUGUAUAUGGGCCAGACACGUACCCGAGUGACUGGUCAGAGGUGACGUGCUGGCAGAGAGGCGAGACUCGGGAUUCGUGCCCACAGACACCCACGCCUCCCAAACCAAAGCUGUCCAAAUUUAUUUUAGUUUCCAGCCUGGCCAUCCUUCUGAUGGUAUCUCUUCUCCUUCUGUCUUUAUGGAAAUUAUGGAGAGUGAAGAAGUUUCUGAUGCCCAGCGUGCCAGACCCGAAAUCCACCUUCCCUGGGCUCUUUGAGAUACACCAAGGGAACUUCCAGGAGUGGAUCACAGACACCCAGAACGUGGCCCACCUCCCCAAGAUGGCAGGUGCAGAGCCAGAAAGUGGCCCUGAGGACUCCCUGGUGGUCCAGUUGGCCAAGACGGAAGCCGACGCACCCAGGACGCUGGAGCCACAGACCGAGGAGAAAGAGGCUGCUGGGGGAUCCCUCCAGCUUCCCCACCAGCCGCCCCUGCCAGGCGGUGAUGUGGUCACUCUUGGGGGCUUUACCUUUGUGAUGAACGACAGCUCGUAUGUGGCCUUAUGAUGGACAGACGACUGUCAACGUCAACGUCAGGCUCCACGUUGACGUUUCAAGACCGGGGGGAAGGUCCCGGGGACUCCACACCACCAUGGACGGGGAUGGUCCCCUCCAGUGACGGUAGGGCUAGGAGCCUCUGAAGACCCAGCUUCGCUGCCUAAGGAAGGCACUCUUACGCUCAGUUUCCCCCACGUGGGUCUCUCUGUUCAAAGGCUUGAUGGCGGAUGGGAGCCGAUGGCUGGAGGAGAUGGUCUCUCAGUUGCCUUUUGUGCCUGAACAUUGCGACAUGAACCCCAAGGCAGGACGUCCAAAAUGCUGUAA